UUCCGGGCUGACCGUGCUCGGACCAGGUGGCAACGCUUAAAUGAUGAGGGCUGUGGGUGGCGCGAUGGUGCUGUGUGUCCUGCGUGCGGGCGGGCCGUGGACGCUGCGCGGGUUCCUGUGUGGUCGCUCCUGUGGCCCGGCUCCUGGGGCUGGCCACGGAGAGCGGUGUCUGCUGUCCCGUUUCGCCACCUUACGUUUGCCCUCGCAGCUGCCCAGGUCCCGCACGGGAGCCAGGUGAUACCCAAUUUUGUCGUCCGUGUUUUGAACACGUCUCAUAAUGGAGUUUCCUGAUUUGGGGAAACAUUGUUCAGAAAAAACUUGCAAGCAGCUAGAUUUUCUUCCACUGAAAUGUGAUGCAUGUAAACAAGAUUUCUGUAAAGAUCAUUUUACAUGUGCUGCACACAGAUGUCCCUUUGCAUUCAAGAAGGAUGUUCAGGUUCCAGUGUGCCCGCUCUGUAAUAUCCCCAUCCCAGUAAAGAAGGGAGAGAUUCCAGAUGUGGUGGUUGGUGAUCACAUUGAUAGAGACUGUAAACAUCCUGGGAAGAAUAAAAAGAAGAUUUUUACAUUCCAGUGCUCAAAAGAGGGAUGCAAGAAAAAAGAGAUGCUGCAGGUGGCCUGUGACCAGUGUCAUGGUAAUUUCUGUAUCCAGCACAGACAUCCUCUGGACCACAACUGCAGACAUGAGAGCCGCCCUUCCAGCAAAGCUGGGUGCUCAUUGGUGAGAACUGCUGAAUCUAAGCCAUCGGGACCUUUAAACACCCUGUCUUCCAGUUGGCUGGCCCAGCAAUUCAGGUGGAAAGUAAAGCAAUGACAUCUCUGUCUAAGCUGGCAUGUUCGCUGGCUGUGUGUCAUCUCAACUUUGCAGAUAAUGUCUGUGAUCUGGUACCCUCAUACUUCUCAUGGCAAAGUCUGAAACUUUAUUUUGGCAGGGGGACAUACAGAGUCUCUCUUGCCCAGGCUGAAGUGCAGGUGGCUCAAUCAUAGCUCACUAUAACCCCACAUUCCUGGGCUCAAACAAUCCUCCCACUUUGGCCUCCCAAGCAGCUGGGAGUACAUAUGUGCACCACACUAUAUGUAGGUAAUUUUUUUCUAUUUUUAGUAGAGACAGGGUGUUGUUCUUGCUCAGGUUGGUCUCAAACUCCUGACCUCAAGUGAUCCUCCUGCAUCAGCCUCCCAGAGUGCUGAAAUUACAGGUGUGAGGCACCAAUCUAAAACUUUAUUAAAACUUUUGCAGUGAAAUACACAAAUGAUUUAGCAAAAUAAGCAAUCAGAAGGAUAAUAUGUUAAAGAGUAAAAGGUCUGAAUGGCCAGAUCAGAGGACAACUAUGGCUUGGGACUAGCCAGUUAAUGGCCCAGUCUUCUAGAAGUUUCUGUCAUUCAUGUGUCUUCUAGAAUGAUGUGGUGGUCUGAGCACUUACCUUGUUAAGGGUCUUUGUCCAGAGGUGACCCCCAGUCUUCCACCAAUGGUCCCUGGGAGGACACAGCCAUGCAUGUGUCCCUGACUCCAGAGGGCUGGGAUUCCACUUUAUGAAAGAACCAGCUGGACUGCUGGACCUUGCCACAGGUGACUUCUUAAAAUGGGCAUAAUUGUCAGUAACAAGCCAUCUUUUGAGACAGUUUAUUCAUACCUGGACGUGAUUUCAGCAUUAAGAACAAAGUUGCAAAAUAUCAGUUCAGUACAAAGCUCUGUCUCGUGUUGAAGUGAUAGAAACUUCCAGAAAUAUCUUUUAAAAAACUACAGUAGCAGGAAUAGAGCUUUUUGAGUACUGGAGGUUAUAGGGGUUAGGUUUUAUAGGUUUGAGGAGCAGCAAACACUAACAGGAGCAGGUGAGGAGGUGGGGUGUAUGCCCACAGUCCUUCAGGGUUGGGUGAACAGGUACACGCUUUGAGGCCAUGACUUCACUAAGUGAUGAGCAUGUAGGAACAUUGACAUCAACACUGGCAUUAGAUUUCCAGUGACAACCUCAAUAUGUGUUGAGAGUGUUAGGAGUACACUCCUGGGCUUGGUAGGCCUGCCAGGCAGUACACA